GGAGCAUGAGUAUAUAACAGCGCCUGGGUCCUAGGCUCUAUCAGCAUUCAGCCAGUCGCCAGCAUGAAUCUUAAUCCCCAGUCCGUCUGCCAGCUCGCCUUCCUCAGCCUCUGCUACCUCCUGGUGACAGUAAGAACGACAGACAGUUCAUUUGUCCCAGGAAGAUGUAUCUGUCCGCAGACACAACGAGGUGUGAGAGGACAACUGAAAGAGCUCAUAGUUCACCCGAGAAACCACCAGUGUGAAAAUAUAACACUCAUAGUGACACUGAUUAACGGCAAACAAGUGUGUCUGAAUCCAAAUGCACCGAUAGGCAAACAGCUUCUCCGCUGCUGGAAUAGAGCUCAAAACUUGGGUCGCGAUGUGAACUUGUGCCUGAAGAGGAAAAAAGGGAGAAGGGCUCAGCGCCAGAGGAGGAAGGACGAAACGCCUCAGAGGAGGAAACGUGGCCACAUCCAAAAAGCCCCAUCCUCAGACUCCCAGUAGUCAAACAGACUGACAAAAAUGACACAAAGCUACUGAGUAGAAAGACGUGUGUGUGUGUGCACAAACUGAUUCUUUGAAUGCUCUCGUUUCUGUAAAUAUUUGAAACAUCAACCAACGUUUCAUUGUUGUCUGAGAUGUAAAUUCAAACUGUUUUGAGGCCAGCAGCAGCAGCAGAAGAAGACUUUAUUUUUACUUUUUUUGUACGAAUGACUGAUGUAAUUUUCAAAACACUAAGCCCUGGAGGCUGAAGCUUUAUAGUUAAAUGGUCAAUAUUUUAUUAUAUUUUAUAUGUAGUUCUCUAUAUGUAGCUAGAAAAUCCUAUUAACUUUGUUGGUUAUUUAUUUUAGAAUGAAAAUGGGGAUUUUUUUAUAUCAUAAAUAAAUAAAUCAGAACAA